AUGGCACUACUACUUUGCUCAGUGUUUAUUGUUCCGUAUAAUACUUCUGUUCAAAUUUCUGAUUAUAACACCACUUUAACUGAUUCAUUAAUUACACGACUAAUGGAAAGAGAGAAACUCCGUCAUUUAAAAAAUCAACUACGCCAGGUCAUCGAAAUUGAUCGAAAAAUUCGUCAUAUAGCAUUUAAUCGCAGGUACUUCAACGACGACGGCGUUCUAAUUGAAGAAAUAACACAAUUAGAGACCGAUGAGGAUGUGCAUGAUGAACAUGUACACGGGUUUAGAUGUAGAAGUCACCAAAAGUUGGAGCCAUAUUCUGCAAUCAUCCCGUAUCUAAUUUCUUCAGGUUUAUACCAUGUAACAAAUAUACCCUCAACCCAAAUCGACAACCGUUUAAUUUUGGCGUUAUUAGAAAGAUGGAGGCCAGAAACUCACACUUUUCAUCUUCCGACUGGUGAAUGCACCAUCACAUUUGAGGAUGUUAGCAUGUUACUAGGCCUUCCUAUUGAAGGUACGCAAUUAAAUGGUCCUUCUGAGCUAGAUGAUGAUGUAUGGCCUGCAAUCGUAGGGGAAACACCACCACAAAAUGCUUUACAUGGUUCCGCUGUAAGAUUGACAUGGCUUAAAGGCAUUUAUCAAGCAGAAGUAAAUAGACCAACAGAAGCUUCAACAGAAGAGCAUAAAAUGAGAUAUGAUCGAAUUUAUAUAAUGAUUCUCAUUGGACAACUUUUGUUUCCCGACAAAAGCGGCAGUCACGUCCACCCAAAAUGGUCACAAUUCCUCUUUGACUUUAAUCAGUGUGGAACAUAUAGUUGGGGUUCAGUUGUUUUGUGUAACUUGUACAGGGAGAUGUGCAAAUCUUGUGAGUUCAAAGUAAAAGAAAUAUCAGGAUGUCUUUUACUUCUUCAAGCUUGGGCAUUUACACGCAUGCCUAUUAUUUCUCCUUAA